UCCCGGCCUGCCCAUUUCUGCGGUAUUAGAAACUUAAUGUAUGCUACAUAUAUAGAGCUGAAAGUUGGAAAAACCAGUGAAGAAAGAGAUAUUGAAAACAACAGAAAUGGGAAGUGGCGCUACUGGUAAAAGUGAGUAUAUUCCUCUUUUUGAGACGGAGAAGGCGAAGGGUAGGAUAGUUCAUAGACUGUUUGCUACUUCCAUAUUUGUUGGGAUUAUCUUGAUUUGGAUUUAUAGAGCAAGUCACAUCCCAAGAUCCCAGGAAGAUGGGAGAUGGGCUUGGAUUGGAAUGUUUGGAGCUGAAAUUUGGUUUGGCCUUUACUGGUUCAUCACUCAAUCCGUCCGCUGGAGUCUUGUAUAUCGUCGUACCUUUACCGACAGGCUAUCCCGUAGGUUCGAGAAUGAGCUGCCUAAAGUGGACAUAUUUGUUUGCACAGCUGAUCCUGCUGUUGAGCCACCAAUCAUGGUGAUCAAUACUGUUUUGUCUGUAAUGGCAUAUGAUUAUCCAACAGAGAAACUCAGCGUUUAUCUCUCUGAUGAUGGUGGCUCGGAGCUUACCUUCCAUGCACUCCUGGAGGCUUCCUAUUUCUCUAAGCAUUGGCUACCAUAUUGCAAGAAAUACAAGGUGGAGCCAAGGUCUCCUGCAGCUUACUUUGAAUCAGAUCCCCGAAUUUUGGAUGCAAACCAUACCAAAGACUUUGCAUCAAUCAAGAAAUUAUAUGAACAACUGGAGAACAAGGUUCUGCUUGCAAACAAACUAGGACAAAUACCCGAUAAAUCAGAACACAAAGGCUUUGCUAUGUGGGAUUCAUCUUCAUCUCGGGGGAAUCAUGAUACCAUCCUGCAGAUUCUCGUUAAUGGAAGCGACCCAGAAGCAAGGGAUGUUGCAGGAUGUAAAUUGCCUACACUAGUGUACUUGGCUAGGGAGAAGCGACCCGAGCAUUUUCACAACUUCAAAGCUGGAGCAAUGAAUGCUUUGAUAAGGGUGUCGUCCGAGAUCAGCAAUGGACCAGUGAUCCUAAAUGUGGACUGUGAUAUGUACUCAAAUGAUUCACAAUCAAUACGAGAUGCUCUUUGUUUCUUGAUGGAUGAGGAAAAAGGCCACGAGUUUGCUUACGUCCAGUUUCCACAGAUCUUCAAGAACAUUACUAAGAAUGAUUUGUACGCUAACUCAAUGACAGCGGGUAGAGAGGUGGAAUUCCACGGUUUGGAUGCCUUUGGAGGUCCACCAUAUAUUGGAAGUGGAUGCUUUCAGAGAAGAGAAAUCCUGAGUGGAAGAAAGUACAGCAAGUGUUAUAAGAUUGAUUUGAAGACACAGAAUGAGUGCAAGAUGGGCAAUGUGCAUGAACUGGAAGAAAGACUUAAGAGCCUGGCAAGCUGUACAUACGAGCAAAAUACUGAAUGGGGGCAUGAGAUGGGUUUAAAGUAUGGGUGUCCAGUUGAAGACGUGAUAACUGGUUUGUCCAUUCAAUGCCAAGGAUGGAAAUCAGUCUAUCCUAAUCCAGAAAGGCCAGCAUUUUUGGGUGUUGCAGGGACGACAUUGGAUCAGAUACUUGUGCAGCAAAAGAGAUGGUCUGAGGGUGAUCUACAAAUUCUGCUUUCAAAGUACAGUCCAGCAUGGUAUGGACUGGGAAGGAUUCACAUUGGCCUUACAAUGGGGUACUUAAUUUACUGUUUAUGGUCUCCUAAUUGCGUGGCGGUAUUGUAUUACUCCAUCAUCCCUUCCCUUCAUCUACUCAAAGGCAUUCCCUUAUUUCCACAGGUCUCAAGCGUAUGGUUUCUUCCAUUUGCUUAUGUUAUCAUCGCGGAGCACAUAUACAGUGCUGUUGAGUUUCUUUUAUCAGGCGGAACAUUUCUGGGCUGGUGGAAUGAACAGAGAAUGUGGCUUUACAAAAGAACCAGCUCUUACCUGUUAGCCUUUGUGGAUACAAUCUUAAAGUUGCUAGGCUUUUCUGACCUGAAAUUUGUCAUCUCAAGCAAAGUCUCUGAUGAGGAUGCCUCCAAGAGAUACGGGGAAGAGAUAUUGGAGUUUGGAACCACGUCACCAAUGUUUAUCAUUAUAUCGACAUUGGCACUGCUCAACCUGUUUUGCUUGACAGGAAUACUAAUGAAACUGAAGGCCAAUUUAUCUCUCAGCUUUCUUUGGGAAACCAUGGCUUUGCAGAUUCUUCUUUGCGGGGCUUUCAUUGUAAUCAAUUUACCUUUGUUUGAUGCUCUUUUCUUUAGAAAGGACAACGGCAGAAUGCCAAGCUCUGUAACUAGCAAAUCUAUGAUGAAAAUCUGGUGGUGGGUCGUGACGGUGGUGCUUGUAUCGAGCUUAGGUAGUUGUUUUGGGAUUAGAUUUGUGAUAGACAGAGAAGAAUGCAUAUCCCAUAAGGUUGAAUAUGGAGCCACCGUUCACUAUUCUUUUGUGGUGAUUAAGUCAGAUGGUUCGUGGCAUUUCAGUCAUGAGGGCGUUGAUCUUGUGGUAAAGGGACCAACUGGCGAACAAGUUCAUGACUUUCGGGACAAGACAAGUGAGAAGGAUGAGUUUGUGGCUUACCAUGAAGGAGUUUACAAGUUCUGUUUUACCAACAAGUCUCCUUAUCAUGAAACCAUAGACUUUGACGUGCAAGCUGGUCAUUUUGUAUUUCAUGAUGAGCAUGCAAAAGAUGAGCAUUUCAAACCAUUGUUUGAGCAUAUUAGCAAGCUAGAGGAGGCUUUAUAUAACAUUCAAUUCGAACAGCAUUGGCUAGAAGCUCAAACUGAACGCCAGGCAAUAGUGAAUGAAGGAAUGGGCAAAAGAGUUAUGCACAAAGCUAUGUAUGAAUCAUUGGCUCUGAUUGCUGCGAGUGUUUUACAAGUUUACCUCUUGCGUCGAUUAUUUGACCGGAAGCUUGGAAUCUCCAGAGUUUAGCCGUUUCAGAGUUUUGUCAGGAUGCUCGUUAGCAUCAGUGUAAUAGCAUAGUCAUCGACUUCUUUUACCCAUUUUGAGAAUUAUGCGGACGCCAUAGAAGUUAUGCAUGUUGUUCUGAAGUAUAUAUAGUUACAAGAAUUUGUUAGCCAAUAAUAGCCCCCCUAUUUUUGCCUUUGCUUUUCA